AUGUCGGAUUUCAGUGAAAAAUUGUUCUUUUCCUCCAGUUUUGGGGACACUGCGGAAAAUAUCCCGAAGGAAAGGUCUCUUUUCAAGAUGGGAUUGAGUCAAAAUAGCAUUUUCAAAUGGGAUCAAAUUAGUCAGCCACCAAAAACGGAUUUGCUGGUAUCUCUCGAUCGAAUGGUCAAAAAUUACACAAAAACCGACCUUCAAGUCUUGAUUGGCGAUGAAAUUUUCAACUGUCACAAAAUAGUUUUGCAAGCAUAUUCCAAACUUUUUUACGAAACCCCCACGGAAGCUCAAACUGUGAGAUUAGCAGCUGAUAAAAUCACGCCAGGAGCAUUUUCCGCCAUUUACGAAUGGAUGAUCUCGAGCAAUCCAGUGGUGAAGCGUCAAGGAAUUUUGCAACUUUUUAUCGCAGCUCGUUAUUUGAAGAUCUCAGAGUUGGUAGAGCAGUGUUGGAGUUGUUUCGAUUCGGAUAAUUUCAUUGAAGACCAAGCUUUUUUGUUGUAUCUCGAGGCACGGUUCUCCGGCGAGACGAUGAUAAUGGAGCUCAUGAUAAGUCGCAUCAGUAAAUUUUUCCUAACUCUCGUCGCAUCAAAGGAAUUCUUGAGUUUGAGUCCCGAUGAGGUCUGUUCCUUCCUCAAAUGCAGCCAAAUUGCCGUUCAUUCCGAGCUGGAAGUGCUUUAUUCCGGUCUUCGAUGGAUUUUUCACGACUGGGAGUCACGACAAUCGGAAAUCGUCAAAGUUAUUUCCUGCAUCCGUUUCGCUCUGAUACCCCCAUGGCAGUUAGUUGAGUUCUCCCGAACGUCAGAUUGCUCGGAAAUUGCUGAAAUAAUGAAAUAUGGCGAAGUUAUCAAAAUGGUUCGUGAUUCCUUGGAUUAUAUUGUGUCAGAUGCUUGGUACCGCAAACUCAAUAACGCCGAUGUUGCUGAAGCCAUGGAACGAUUGAAGCUGAAUGGACCAAUUGAUCGUGUCUGGAUCGAUGAUAAAGUCUUCCAUAAGUUUGUAGAGUCGAAAGGAUCUUAUGUUUAUAAUUACGACACGUUUUUGACGUAUUUGGACACAAUCAAGGACUUGGGUAUCGAUUUCUGGCGUUCAAUGAAGCACGUUGAUCCACCUCUUCAUAUGACGGACAUGCACAAUUAUGAGGUUAGUGUUAGCGAAAUUGUCAAGAAAAAGCUGGAAGAGAAGUCAGAUGUCGAGCAUGGAGUGAAAUUGAACUGA